UUUAACCAGCUGACCGUUAUAACUGUGUCUGACAAAAAUGCUUAACUUCACUUUGUUCUUCCUUUCAUUUACAUCUAAACAAUCAUUUAACUGCCAAGGGAACCACAGAUACGAUGAUGUAGUAACAGGAUAUUAUCCGUCAAACGAUCCAAUGGAAGGCGGUAAUGUCGACAUGAGGGGCAAGCGAUUACAGACACUUCAGAAUGGAUUUCGCAAUCAUAUCCAAACUAUUCAACUAUGAGUUUAUUUCCAGUGAGUUUCAAAGAGUUACAGCCGAUAUCACAUGGACAAAUGUUUCAACAGUUCAAUCUCAAAUAUUUGUAAUUGCCGUUAUUUUGCUAUUUAUUCUCCACCAGUUGGUUCUUCAGAGGGCUUCAGAGAAAGAAGUCGAAAACAUUCUCGGCCAAUGCAGACAAGGACAAGCACGAGUAAUGAAUAUUUCACAUUUUAAAAAAGACAUUGCAAACCUAUUUUCCAUAAUAGAACCAAAAUCAAAACAAUUGCAUACUAGAUAUAAAAGGACAGAAUCAAUUGUUUCAAAACCAGAUGAAUAUGACAACCUUAGACAAGAUUUCCAUUCAAUAAAAAAAAACUGGGCUAAAGAAUUUGCUUUCAUUAGCCGAUUCAACAUUGGUUACUUAAAUGGACGGAAAACUUCAGACAUUAAAAUUCAGCUCACCAUGGCUAAAGGAUUUGUAGACAAAGAAUUGGGUAUUAUCAAGAAGGAUAUGGCUGAGGAUAUGCUGUCUCUUCAAGAAGUGGAAAGAGAGGUCAGAACUUUACAGAAAUAUUUUGGCAAGUGAAGCUUGUUCGAGUAUAUUAUAGCAGAAGAUACGAUCUACAAUACAGACUUAUUUUUUUUCCUUUCUUAUUUUAAUAAAUUUUGUUCCAAGCUG